AUGGUGCAAGGUGAGGCUGUCAUCCAGCACCCUUUAAACAGGCCCAAAUCGCACAUCACACAAGCGUGCGAGCAAAGAACCAAUCAACAAAAACUUGCAAGUAAUGGCAAGGUUGGCAGCAAUAAAGUUGUAUUCUUCCGCGGUUCUGCGAAAUCGCAAGGUGAGGGCAGGCAGGAAUGGCCGUUUCUCGGCCAAAAGACAAUCCCGGCGGCAUGGCCUAGAAAGUACAGGGACAUGGAGGGCAAAGGCAAGGGGAAGGAGAAGGAGGCGGAGGAGGCGGCGGAGGAGAAGGAGGAAGAGGAGGAGGAGGAGGAGGAGCGGCGAUGGCGAAAGGGGGGGCGCAGUAAAGCAGAAAAGAAUGCAGUCAAGAGGAAGAAGAAGGACGAGGAGGAGGAGAAGGAGGAGGAGGAGGAGGAGGAGGAGGAGGAGGAAGGAGGAGGAAGGUGCAGCAGCACAAGCACAGUCUCUAUCUCUGGCGCCGGCUCUGGUUUGGCCGCUUGUCUCUGCAACGUUGUGGUGGAUGUCACGCACAUUUGGAGGUUGCGCGUGCGGCGCGUGCCACGAUCAUGCCCAAUGUCAGAUUAUACAACUGCAUUAUGUGUGUUUUACUAA